GCUCGUUCACGGACCCUCGGAACAUCCGCUGCCAUAUUCUACCGACUGACUGGCCCGGAUUGACUUGCUUCUCUUCUUUUCUUUACGCGCUCUGCCAUCCGCGCAACACGAGUUUGUUGCGGAUCCCAUUGCUGUACGCCACCACCACGAUUACGACGAGCAGUCGCGCAUCGUCGUUAGCCUUGCACGACUCUUCCCGCCGCCGUUCUCUGACUACAGAAAUGUUGACGCCAGCUGCUUUCGCUUCCAUCACUAUGAGUGACGAGACCAUGCCCCAGGGUGGCCGCAUGGGUCGCCGCCUCAGCGAGCACAACCUCAUGAAGCACACGGCCGCCGCAGCCGAGGAAGCCCUUACCAGCGGGCCCCUCGAUGAGGCCCACCGCCUCUUCUUUGCCUCACUUCAGCGCUCCGGCUCCGCUUCACCCUCGGUUCAUUCCGAGGGCAGCCAGAACCUUUCCGAGCGUCGUCGUGGCAAAAAGUUUUCCAUCAACACCCAGUGCGCUCAGCGCAUCCAGAACGACGAGGAUCUCACCGAGGAGCAUUGGACUGACGACAAGCUCGACCGUCUCUUCGAGUCGCGCCUCGCCACCUCCUUCUCCAUCUGUGGCGCCCACAGCCCCACCUCUCCUGCCUCGGCGUAAACGCUGCCAAAGUCACUUCCAAACCCUCUUGGGCUUUUCCCAGUGAAGUGUCAGCCGCCAGCCAAGCUGGCCCCUGAUGGUGUGGGACCUUCUUUGUCAAUAUUCCCGUCUUCCGAUUUUCUUCCGUGUCUACGACACGACGCCGGCUGUGCCGAAUUCUGCCAUGUGCAUAUGCUUCCCGCUUCUCCGUGAACACGGAGAAGACGCGGUUCCCCGAGAGCAACCAUGUCAUAAAGUCCUGUUCAUUAUAAAAGAAAGAAGCCUUGGGCUUCUUGGCUAUUGACAUGCCUCUGGGCUGUAUGUUUUCUGUCGUGUGUUCUGGCGUUAGCCAGAGCAUUCUUGAGUUUUUUCUUGACCCUGCUUUUGAUCGACUGCCUGUGCCGACCCGUCUGACGGCC